AUGGGGCCUGGCAGAGCACGAGGUCCUGGGAAGGCCGAGGCCUCAGUUCUGGGCAUGCUCGGGGACAGUCUGCGCUGCGAGGACCCCUCACAGGCAGAAGGGAGGGGCCUUCGGGCAGACAUGUGGGGUGCACAAGGCCCAGGUGACCUGCGGCAGGCCUCCCCAAUGCAGGAUGAGGUCUGCAGCCUGGUGAGUGGCUACUCCAUGAGCCCCCCGACCCUGAACAUCACGGAGGAGACACACGUCAUUGACUCCAACGACAGCCUGUCCAUCUCCUGCAGGGGGCAGCACCCCCUCCAGUGGGCCUGGCCAGGGGCUCAGGAAGCGCCAGCCACGGGGGAAAAGGACAGUGAAGACCUGGGGUUCGUUCGCGACUGCGAAGGCACGGAUGCCCGGCCCUACUGCAAGGUGCUGCUGCUCCCCGAGGCCCACGCCAACGACACCGGCAGCUACGGCUGCUACUACAAGUACAUCAAGGCCCGCAUCGAGGGCACCACCGCGGCCAGCACCUAUGUGUUCGUAAGAGACUCCGAGCAGCCGUUCAUCAACAAGCCAGGCACGCUCCUGGUCGACAGGAAGGACUCCAUGUGGGUGCCCUGCCUGGUGUCCAUCCCUGGCCUCAACGUCACCCUGCGCCUGCAGCCAAGCUCAGUGCUGCGGCCCGACGGGCAGGACGUGGUGUGGGAUGACCGCCGGGGCAUGCGGGUGCCCACGCCGCUGCUGCGAGACACCCUGUAUCUGCAGUGCGAGACCACCUGGGGCGGCCAGGCCUUCCUGUCCAACCCCUUCAUCGUGCACAUCACAGGCAACGAGCUCUAUGACAUCCAGCUGUUCCCCAAGAAGUCCAUGGAGCUGCUCGUCGGGGAAAAGCUGGUCCUGAACUGCACCGUGUGGGCCGAGUUCAACUCGGGCGUCACCUUCGACUGGGACUACCCAGGGAAGCAGGCCGAGCGGGGCAAGUGGGUGCCCGAGCGGCGCUCCCAGCAGACGCACACCGAGCUCUCCAGCAUCCUGACCGUCCACAACGUCAGCCAGCGCGACCUCGGCCCGUACACGUGCGAGGCCAACAACGGCAUCCAGCGGUUCCGGGAGAGCACUGAGGUCAUCGUGCACGAAAAACCCUUCAUCAGCGUCGAGUGGCUCAAGGGCCCCGUCCUGGAAGCCACAGCAGGAGACAAGCUGGUGAAGCUGCCCGUGAAGCUAGCUGCGUACCCCCCACCGGAGUUUCAAUGGUACAAGGACAGAAAGGCCGUGUCGGGGCGCCACAGUCCACAUGCCCUGGUGCUCAAGGAGGUGACCGAGGCCAGCGCAGGCGUCUACACCCUCGCCCUGUGGAACUCCAUGGCCGGCCUGAAGCGCAACAUCAGCCUGGAGCUGGUGGUGAACGUGCCUCCCAACAUCCACGAGAAGGAGGCCUCCUCCCCCAGCAUCUACUCCCGCCACAGUCGCCAGGCCCUCACCUGCACGGCCUACGGUGUGCCCCCACCUCUCAGCGUCCAGUGGUACUGGCGGCCGUGGACGCCCUGCAAGACCUUCGCCCAGCGCAGCCUCAGCCGGCGGCAACAGCGGGACCGCAUGCCGCAGUGCCGGGACUGGAGGGAGGUGACCACGCAGGACGCCGUGAACCCCAUCGAGAGCCUGGACACCUGGACGGAGUGUGUGGAGGGGAGGAAUAAGACGGUGAGCAAGCUGGUGAUCCAGGAUGCCAACGUGUCUGCCAUGUACAAAUGCAUGGUCUUCAACAAGGUGGGCCAGGACGAGCGGCUCAUCUACUUCUAUGUGACCACCAUCCCCGACGGCUUCAGCAUCGAGUCCGAGCCCUCGGAGGAGCCCCUGGAGGGCCAGGCCGUGCGCCUGAGCUGCCAGGCUGACAACUACACGUACGAGCAUCUGCGCUGGUACCGCCUCAACCUGUCCACGCUGCACGAUGCCCACGGGAACCCGCUGCUGCUCGACUGCAAGAACGUGCACCUGUUCGCCACGCCGCUGGCCGCCACCUUGGAAGAGGCAGCGCCGGGGGCUCGCCACGCCACGCUCAGCCUGACCAUCCCCCACGUGACACCCGAGCACGAGGGCGACUACGUGUGCGAGGUGCAGGACCGGCACAGCCAGGACAAGCACUGCCACAAGAAGUACCUGUCAGUGCAAGCCCUGGAAGCCCCCCGGCUUACGCAGAACUUGACCGACCUCCUGGUGAACGUGAGCGACUCCCUGGAGAUGCGGUGCCCCGUGGCCGGGACGCACGUGCCCAGCAUCAUGUGGUACAAGGACGAGCGGCCGCUGGAGGAAAAGUCCGGGAUCGAUCUGGCCGACUCGAACCAGAAGCUGAGCAUCCAGCGCGUGCGCGAGGAGGACGCCGGCCGCUACCUGUGCAGCGUGUGCAACGCCAAGGGCUGCGUCAACUCCUCCGCCAGCGUGGCCGUGGAAGGCUCCGAGGACCGGGGCAGCAUGGAGAUCGUGAUCCUUGUCGGCACCGGGGUCAUCGCCGUCUUCUUCUGGGUCCUGCUCCUCAUCAUUUUCUGUAACAUGAGGAGG